CAACCCGUGUUGCAGCUGACGCUUUGUGGCUGUUGUGUUUUGGUCUCUGCUUGAGUCUGAACUGAAACUGACAGCGAGAAAGUCUGGGUCACGACUCGAGACAGAGAUAGAACGAAGCCGUUCGGUAGGGCAAUGGGACAAGAUAACAGAGCUUGUACGGCAGCUCUCUGCCAAACUAAUAUCAAAUGAUGACCUAGGGGAUCUGCUGCUGGGGGAAGCCAAACUCCAGCAGUACCUCAAGGACAACCCCAUCAAGCAGGGGGCCAGCCCGACUGCCCCAAGACCCCAGCUUGUAGAGGUCCGCAAGCACCUGACCGAUGCCCUGGACCGAGCCGGACUACAUGCAAGAGGCUUGUAUGUUGAUGGCCAAGCUGUCCUAUGUGGAGGGAGACUAUAGUGAGGCCUUCAACCAGUAUGGCAAAGUGACCCUGGACGAGCUGGCACUGGGGGGAGCCCCCGUCUACCAUCUCUCCAUGAUUGCCGAAGCAUACGCUACCAAAGGUCGGUGUCUAGAGAAAGUCCCGGCUGCAUCUCCGUCCCUGUCCAAUUAUAACGUGGACAAAGACCAGGAAGUGAUUACCUGCUAUGAGAAGUCUGGAGACAUUGCCCUGCUCUACCUACAGGAAGUAGAGAAGGCCCUCAGUGCGGGGUUGCAGAACCGCAGUCCAAAGCCAGGUCCAGUGGCCCAGGAGCGGGAGCUGGGAUACUUCCUGGAGACGGGACUUCAGAGGGCACAUGUCAUCCACUUCAAAAAUGGUAACCUGACCCAGGGAGUGGGCCGCUUCCGGGAGAUCCUCCGAGCUGUAGAGACCAGGACCACACAGAACCUACGAAUGACCAUAGCCAAACAGCUGGCAGAGAUCCUGCUGAGGGGGAUGUGUGAGCAGAGCUACUGGUCUUCUCUGGAGGACCCUCAUAGCAAGUCCCACCUGGACGACCCCCUGCUACGCCAGGGAGCCCCCUACCUCAAGGACUACGCCCUCAGCCGUAGGCCACGCGUCUACUCCGGAGAGAAUCUGUUUUGUCCACAGGAGAACACAGAGGAGGCUCUGCUCCUGUUGCUGAUUAGUGAAUCUAUGGCCAACAGAGAUGCGGUGCUGAGCAGGAUCCCAGAGCAUAAAAGCGACCGUAUCAUCAGCCUGCAGAGUGCCUCUGUGGUCUACGACUUGCUGACAAUCUCCCUGGGGGCGACGGGGACAGUACGAGAUGCUCUCUGAGUGUCUAGAGAGGGCCAUGAAGUUUGCCUUUGAGGAGUUCCAUCUCUGGUACCAGCUAGCCCUGUCACUGAUGGCU